AGGAGGGCGAGAGAAGGGGAAUGGAGCCACGCGUUCUCCCGUGGGGGCUGUCCGCUUUUGACGUCUUCCCGAAGGGGACUGAAUAAGGGUUGUGUGGGGAGAGGCUCGUCUAGGCCUCAUUCUACCCCCCCCAAGUCACUGAGGGAGGCCCACCCCCGAAGUAUUCCCCUUCCCUUCCCACUGAGCCCAGCCUUAUCCCCUCUGCCCUCGCCUCCUAGGAUAUCUCGGCCGCCCCCCCUUCCCAAUCUCCGUGGGUAACACUGGCCCGAGCUUCGUCUCUUUGUCCCUCAGGAGAGCCGGUCCGCCCGUCGGAGCGGCUGUUUCCUCUCCUGUCCCGUCCCCCCCGCCACCAAAAGACCAUCCCGCUCCCCCCACAACGUGCCGGACCCCCAUCGUUGGGGUGUGUUCGUCCCCCUUCUCACUUUGGGGGGGGGCUUCCUGGUCCGUAGUCGCUUCCUGCCCCCCCUUCCUUCCUUGCCGCCAUGCCUUGGCCCUUUUCGGAGUCCAUCAAGAAAAGGGCCUGCCGGUACCUGCUGCAGAGGUACUUGGGCCACUUCCUUCAGGAGAAGCUGAGCCUGGAGCAGCUCACCCUAGACCUUUAUCAAGGCACGGGCUCCUUGGCGCAGGUCCCCUUGGAUAAAUGGAGUCUAAAUGAGAUUCUGGAGUCAGCAGAUGCUCCUCUGGAAGUCACAGAGGGAUUUAUUCAGUCAAUUUCUCUUUCCAUUCCUUGGGGCUCUCUGCUUCAAGAGAACUGUACACUUGAAGUAAAGGGUUUGGAGAUGAUCUUCAAGCCGAGGCCCCAUCUGGCUUCUGGUUCAGAACCCAUGUAUUGGUCCAGUUUUAUGACUAGUAGUAUGCAGCUUGCAAGAGAAUGUCUUAGCCAGAAACUGACGGAUGAGCAAGGAGAGGGAUCCCAACCAUUUGAAGGACUUGAGAAGUUUGCUGAAACAAUUGAAACAGUUUUAAGAAGAGUGAAAGUCAACUUUUUAGAUACUGUUCUGAGAAUUGAACAUGUGCCAGAUAAUUCUAAAAGCGGAACAGCACUUGAAAUUCACAUUGAGAAAACAAUAUACUGUGAUGAAACUGCUGAUGAAUGCUCUGGAAUUAAUGUGCACCAGCCCACGGCUUUUGCUCACAAACUCCUACAGCUCUCAGGUGUUUCUUUCUUUUGGGAUGAAUUUCCUGCAUCAGCUAAGUCCUCUCCAGCCUCUUCAACUGCACAGUUGGUUACAGAACCAAAACUUUCACCAAGCUGGAACCCAAAAAUUAUAUAUGAGCCACACCCACAGUUAGCAAGAAAUGUGCCAGAGGUUUCUCCAUCAGACCCUGUGCAGAUAUGUAGGUUGGUUGGAAGGAUGAAACUGAGCCUUACUUUGAAGCAAAAUGAAGUGCUUCCAGGAGCAAAGUUGGAUGUAGAUGGACAGAUAGAUUCCAUUCACCUGUUCCUGUCACCCAGACAGGUGCACCUUCUGUUGGACAUGUUAGCAGCUAUUGCUGGACCAGAGAAUCCCAGUAGAAUUGAGUUGUCAAAUAAAGAUAGAAAAAAUCGACCAAUGCAGCAGGAGGAUGAAUAUCGCAUUCAGAUGGAACUCAACCGCUACUUAAGGAAAGAAAUUUCUCCAGCAGGCACACAGUCUGAUCGAAGUUUUUAUGAAACUGAAGCAGCUAGAACUCCUUCAAGUCGUGAAGAAGAAGUUUUCUUCUCAAUGGCUGACAUGGAAAUGUCUCACAGUGUUUCCUCUCUGCCACCCCUUGGAGACCCACCAACAAUGGAUUUAGACCUUUCUGUAGCAAGUACAUAUGCUGCUAGUCCGGCAGGAUCUCCACUUGGUGCUGUUGUGCAGCAACAGAUGUGGGGAGAUUUUCUUGAUCAAAACAAACAGGAACGACCGCAAGUCAGAGGUUCGUCAUUUACACCGAGCACCCUGCACCCUGCUUCAUUGCGAAGGACUUCUCUUCCAUCCAGAUCUGUCUCAGUGGAUGAAUCUAGGCCUGAACUUCUUUUUCGACUAGAUGUGGGUGCUUUCUCAAUUUCAGUGCUUCACAUCGACCCGUUAUCACCCCCUGAAACAUCAGUAAAUGUUAGCCCGCUGACGCCAAUGACCCAGGAUUUUUUUAGUCAAAUAGAAAAAGUUGAUCCAGCUCGGUUUCCAACAGAGGAUUUUCACUCACUCCGAGAAAUAUUUUCAAAAGCUUGUUCACACGACCACCUUAGAUUUAUAGGUACAGGCAUCAAAGUAUCCUAUGAACAAAGACAAAGAUCAGCUUCCCGUUGUUUGAGUACAGAUUUAUCUAUCAGACAAAUGGAACUUCUGGAAUGCCUUUUUUCUACAGACUCUCGUUCUGAAAUACCUCAUUAUACAGAGCUGCUAAUGUUUAACUCUGAAAAACAAGGAAACAAGUCUCACCCUCCCUCAUGCCUUCAUCUCCGUUACAAGCACUCAGAUAACAAGGGGCCUCAGGGUAGCCAAGGGAGACUGAGCUCUGUUCCCCAGAAAGCAGACUUGGAUAUCAAACUGAGCCCAGCCUUCUGUGAAUUGGACAUCAGCAUUGUAGACAGACUAAAUUCCCUGCUUCAGACUCAAAAAUUAACUACGGUGGAGAUGAUGGCGUCACACAUGUACACCUCAUACAACAAACAUAUUAGCCUGCACAAGGCAUUUGCUGAAGUUUUUCUAGAUGAUUCACGUACUCCUGCUAAUUGUAAAGUAUCAGUUAAAGUGACUGCACCAGCUUUAAAGCUUUCUGUUCGCUUUCCAAUCCCUGACCUACGAUCGGACCCAGAACGAGGACCGUGGUUUAAGAAAUCCCUCCAGAAGGAAAUUCUUCACUUAGAAUUCACAGAUGUAGAACUUAAAACUGAGUUUACAGGAGGGCCAACUCCAGAGCAAGUGGAAUUGGAACUCACUUUUAAAGAGUUAACUGGAUCAUUUGAAGAAGGCAAAGACGAAUUGGCUGUGCGCUUUUUCCAAGUUUCUAGUGAUGUAGCUGGAGAGAUGAUUUCAUCAGAUAAUUUUGACUGGCCACGGAUUGUGUUAAAAGUAAAUCCACUUGCUGUACACUCUAUCCUGGAAAGGAUAGCUCCAGAGGAUGAAGAGGAAGCUGAUGGUCAUUUUCAAGAGGAAGAGGAAGGAGGAUGUCAUUCUCUGAAGGAUGUGUGUGAUCUUAGAAGACCAGAACCAUCUCCAUUUUCGUCUCGUAGGGUCAUGUUUGAAAAUGAAGAGAUGGUGAUGCCAGGAGAUGUAAUGGAGAUGACAGAGUUUCAGGAUAAAGCAAUCAGCAACUCUCAUUAUGUGCUGGAACUUACAUUGCCAAAUGUGUAUUUAACAUUACCAAAUAAGAGUUUUUAUGAGAAACUUUACAAUAGGAUCAAUAAUGAUUUAUUACUGUGGGAGCCCACAGCUCCAUCUCCCGUGGAAACAUUUGAAAAUCUUUCAUAUGGUGUUGGCCUUUCUGUGGCCAGUCAGCUGAUCAACACAUUUAAUAAGGAUAGUUUUAAUCAAUUCAGAUCCACCAUUCACUAUGAUGAUGAAAGUGGGUCUGAGGAAGAAACGCUGCAAUAUUAUUCUACUGUUGAUGCAAACUGCUGUUCACGGAGAAGGAAAAAGAAUGAAUCCCAAAACAGGAAUACACAGAAUUUCCUCUCGGUUCUUUUAAAUGUUAACCAUGGAUUAGUAUCAAUAUUCACAGAUAUCAAGCAGGACGAUGGCAACGUAUUUGAAGACAAACAUGGAGAAUUUUGGUUGGAGUUCAUUAGUGGUUCAUUAUUCUGUGUUACAAAGUAUGAAGGUUUUGAAGACAAGCAUUAUGUCUGUCUCCAUUCUAGUAGUCUCAGCUUAUACCAUCAAGGUGUCGUGGAAGGGGUUUUGUCUCCCUCUGAAAUAAGGCUACCAAGUGCAACACAUCCUCAUUGGUUAGAACCUACAAUUUUUUUUUCGGAAGAAGAAGGUCUCAGUAAGGCAUCCUCAGACGGUGUGGGAGUGGAUUGUUUAAGCAUGUUGUCAGUUGCAGUUAAGAUACAAUCAAACAAGUCAGAGACCAAUACAAAGGAAUUUUUAGUUGCUGUUGGCCUGAGAGGAGCCACACUGCAGCACCGAGUACUUCCUUCAGGUUUAAGCUGGCAUGAACAGAUUUUGUAUUUUUUGAACAUUUCUGAUGAGCCUGUCUUGGGAUAUAAUCCUCCAGCUUCUAUCACAACAUUCCAUGUCCAUCUCUGGAGUUGUGCUCUGAAUUAUAGGCCUCUUUUUUUGCCAACUAGAGCACUUCUUACUGUUGAAACAUUUAGCAUCUCAAGUAGCGUGGCUCUGGAUAAAUCAUCUUCUACUCUCAGAAUAAUUUUGGAUGAGGCUGCUUUGCAUUUGUCCGACAAAUGUAACACUCUUGCAGUCAACCUCCAAAGAGAUUACGUUCAAGUUAUGGACAUGGGACUCCUUGAACUGACUAUAAAGGCAGUGAAACCUGGAUCCGAUGAAGAGAGAAGUAAGCCACGCUUUGAACUACAUUGUUCCAGUGACGUGAUCCACAUUAGAACCUGCUCUGACUCCUGUGCUGCCCUUAUGAAUCUUAUCCAGUAUAUUGCAAGUUAUGGUGAUUUGAAUCCACCUGCUAAGAUGGAGGCUACCUCUGGAGUGACCAAACAAAAUGCUACGGCAGAUGUUUCUAGUCGGCCAUCUUCCCAAGGGCCAAUUCUUGCUGAAGCUGACCAACAGAUUUUACGGGACUUAAUGAGUGAUGCUAUGGAAGAAAUUGAAACUCAGCAACUGAAUUCCCCCACUAAACCACAAGUUAAUGGGGUUUUGGAUGAAAAGAUUCAAACACCAGCACCAUCAUGUUCUGACCUUUUCCUCUUUCCUGAUGAAAGUGGCAAUCUCUCUCAAGAGCCUAGCCCUACUUACACUUCAUUCACUCCCAAUAUAAUCAAUGAAGCUGUAGAUGUGCCUUCUGAAAACGAUGACUUCUGCAUUCUUUUUGCACCAAAAGCUGCUGUCUCAGAGAAGGAAGAAGAGCCAGUAGUGAAAACAUUCGUGGCCGAUGCAAUCCUGAUAAAAGACAACCACUUCAGCCUCCCAGUAAAAAGGGCAGACACAAGCAAAGGCACUUUGCGUUUUCCUAUCCCACUGAUACGCUAUGUUGUAAAAGAAAUAUCAAUUAUUUGGCACCUUUAUGGAGGAAGGGACUUUGGGAAUAUACCUCCCACAUCUCCAGCGAAAAGCUAUAUUAGCCCUCAGAGCUCUCCUUCUCACACGCCGACAAGGCAUGGGCGUACCACAGCCUGUGGGGGAAAAGGGAGGAACCCAGAUUUCUUGAUGGAAAUACAGUUGAGCAAGGUGAAAUUCCAGCAUGAAGUUUAUCCAACAAGUGAGCCAGAGUGUGAAGUUCAUCUUGUGGAACAACCAGUGUCUCGUCAAGUGUUUGUAGUUCAAGAUCUUGAGAUCCGAGAUCGCUUGGCAACAUCACAACUGAAUAAAUUUCUCUACCUCUAUAGCAGUAAGGAGAUGCCUAGGAAAGCACAUUCAAACAUGUUGACAGUCAAAGCAUUGCACGUACGUCCAGAGUCGGGCAGAUCACCCCAAGAGUGUUGUUUACGAGUCUCGUUAAUGCCACUUCGCCUCAAUAUUGACCAGGAUGCCCUGUUUUUCUUGAAGGAUUUCUUUACUAGUCUGUCUACAGAGGUAGAAGUUCUAAUGACUCCAGAUCCUGAGGUGAAAAAGCCUCCUAGUGCUGAAGUAACGUGCACAUUACCCAGGCACCACAGCAGUUUCAAGGAGCCAAGCCCGGUCAUUUCUUUCUCAUUACACAAACAGUCAAGCCAUAAUGGAAGUAUUGAUUCUGUGGAUGCGCUUAAUGGGGAUGACCACAAUUUUACACAUGAAGAAUCGUCAUUCAGUGAUCAGCCAAUCUUUUUCAGAGAAUUUCGAUUCACCUCAGAAGUCCCAAUACGUCUUGAUUACCAUGGCAAACAUGUUUCUAUGGAUCAGGGUACAUUAGCUGGAAUUCUGAUUGGUCUUGCUCAGUUAAACUGCUCAGAACUGAAACUGAAGAGGCUUUGCUAUCGGCAUGGGUUGCUAGGUGUGGAUAAGCUGUUCUCGUAUGCCAUCUCAGAGUGGCUUAAUGACAUCAAGAAAAACCAGCUGCCUGGUAUUCUAGGAGGAGUUGGACCAAUGCACUCAUUAGUCCAAUUAGUGCAGGGUCUGAAGGACCUGGUCUGGUUGCCAAUAGAACAGUACCGAAAAGAUGGUCGUAUUGUAAGAGGCUUUCAGAGAGGAGCAGCUUCUUUUGGUACCUCUACUGCUAUGGCAGCAUUAGAACUGACAAACAGAAUGGUUCAGACCAUACAGGCAGCUGCAGAAACUGCUUAUGACAUGGUUUCUCCUGGACCUAGUUUAACAGAAACAAAAAAGAUCAAGCGGCUUUCUCACUUGGCUCAUCAACCUGUAGAUCUUCGUGAAGGAGUGGCUAAAGCAUACAGUGUUGUGAAAGAGGGUAUUACGGAUACAGCGCAUACCAUCUAUGAAACUGCUGCUCGUGAACAUGAGAACAGAGGCGUCACUGGAGCACUGGGAGGAGUAAUUCGCCAGAUUCCACCAACUGUAGUGAAACCCCUGAUAGUUGCCACAGAAGCAACCUCAAAUGUUUUAGGUGGCAUGAGAAACCAAAUCAGGCCUGACGUGCGUCAGGAAGAGUCUCAGAAGUGGCGCCUUGGAGAGGACUGAUAGCUGAAACAGCUUUGAUGCACAGAAAUUGGAAAUAAGGAUUCAUAACAUGUCCUCAUGGCAGCUUUAGAAGAGCUAUCCUUUCAUUCUGCUUAUCUCAGGAACACAAGAGAUUAUAAAGCAACUUGAUGUCAAGCCUGAAAUACUCAAGUAGUAAACAAGUUUGGUACUUGAGUCUUUGGUGUAGGGCGUGCUAUAAAACCUGCUGGUCAGUGCCAAAUGGAGUGGCACCUUUUGUUGCCAAAUCUGCGGUAUGCUGGUUGUAGACUGAUAACGGGUUUUUAAAAACUUUUCUGUUGUUAAGGAUUUUGGUUUUAUUUUGAAGCAAACCACUUCCCAUUUUUGCAGUGAGUAUGUACAUGUAAAAGGAUUCAGUAAAUAUGGUUGAAGAGUGUUUUAGCUGAGUGCUAUACGCCACCCUUCUAUAACAGAAGUUCUCUAUGUAAAAUAUGGACAUGGCAGGAUGUGAAACUAUGACUGGGAUUGCAGUUACUUUGUUAGCUGUGAGCAUCUGCCUCAUAUGGCACUUAACAAUAAGGACAAUCUAGAAGUACCUGGUCAGAUAAAAUUGUUUUCAUUUGUGGAUAUUUAAUUGUUCUGCCUACGUGUUCAAAUUCCUCCUUUUCUGGAAAUUUGAGAAAUCUGAAUGUUGCAGACAUGUUCUGUUAUGUUGCACUUUAAAAAAGAAUUAGCCUGUACAUUGCUUUACACUUAAUAAAAUGUAAUGUGUGUUUUA